UGAUGGCGGAAAACGUCAAACUGACGUCAAACGUUUGACUGUUCCGUCGUUGUUUUUCUUCUCCCCACGUGAAGGUUUCGGUUGUUAAAUCUUGUGAAAUACUUGGAAAACACAGUAAAAAUAAAAAUUCCAAUCAUGGCGGUUCGUGUGCAAUUCGAAAACAAUAAUGAAGUGGGAGUGUUCAGCAAAUUGACAAAUUCGUACUGCCUCGUCGCAAUCGGCGGGUCCGAAAAUUUCUACAGCGUGUUCGAGGCCGAGCUGGCGGAGACGAUCCCCGUGGUGCACGCGAGCAUCGCCGGCUGCCGCAUCAUCGGCCGCAUGACCGUGGCAAACAAGAACGGGCUCAUCGUGCCCUCCUCCACCACCGACACAGAGUUGCAACACAUCAGAAACAGUCUCCCGGACAACGUGAAGGUCCAACGCGUGGAGGAGCGGCUCAGCGCGCUGGGCAACGUCAUCGCCUGCAACGACUACGUCGCGCUCGUGCACCCCGACCUCGACCGCGACACCGAGGAGAUCCUGGCCGACACGCUGGACGUCGAGGUGUUCCGGCAGACGGUGGCGGGCAACGUGCUCGUCGGCACCUACGCCGCGCUCAGCAACAGAGGCGGCCUCGUGCACCCCAAGACGACCAUCCAGGACCAGGACGAGCUGUCGUCCCUCCUGCAGGUGCCGCUGGUGGCCGGUACAGUCAACAGGGGCAGCGAGGUGAUCGCCGCCGGCCUCGUGGUCAACGAUUGGUGCGCGUUCUGCGGCAUGGACACCACAUCAACAGAAAUAUCAGUAAUCGAAAGUGUAUUCAAAUUGAAUGAUGCCAAACCGACAGCGAUAACAUCUACGAUGCGUGCUUCUCUCAUUGAUAGUAUGUCAUAACAUUGACUGUGGUUAAAACACACUUAAACUUAUGUGAUAUUUGUUUAUUGCAAGUUUUUGUUUUGAUUUGUAAAAUAAAUUGAUGUUUUACUCUGUUGUUGUCUGUAGAGCAGAUUGCACAACAUACACCAAUGCGUCUUUGACCUGUUUCAAAUGAAUAAAUGUAAGUAAUAUUAUAUCAUUCAAAAUAUUAUGCAAUGUAUUAUUUCCUCUAAUUCCAUUUGCACUCAUUCAGUUGAAGAAGCAGCAUAACUCUGUUAUCAGUAAACAGUCAUGGAUUUAUCAGUAAUUAUCAAGAAUAGUAAAACCAGUGCACUUACAAUAUAGUUUAUUAUAAACACAAUUAUCAAAUAAAAUGGUCAUCCAUAUCUACAGUUGCCACACGAGUUUCUCUGGAAGUAUACUCCUUAACCAACAACAGGAACAAAGCCUAUAAAGCAACACAACAAUGUUUAAUAAGAAAUAAUUUCAACAAUUUUAUUUUAAGUUUCCAUUGCAUAAUUAAAUUCAACACAGUACUGUUAUACUCAGGAAGCUACUGAUUGCAAAAUAAAGAAUGUAAAACUUUUAUUGCGCUACAAGAAAUCAAUUUUAACUUUAUGUUGAUGACUCAUGCAUGACAAUGAAUCAGAAGAUUGACUUGAAUUAAAUACAUAUUGAUCUAGGUUUAUAACCAAAGAUUCUCUCAUGAACUUUUACAUUUUCCCACAAUUAUUUAGGCACAUCUGUAUGGAAUAACACUAUUCUCAAUUUUAAGACUGAACUGUCUUUGCCUAAUCCAAACCCAUUUUGUUAUCAGAUUUAUACAAUAAUUCUGAAUAUAAUUCUGAUACACUUGUGUAAUUUAAACACUAAACUACCUAUAUUUUAUACAUAACAUGGUCAACCUCUAAAAAUUAAGUAAGUAAAUAAAAGAGGUAGGAAAUUUUUACCCAAGCAAAGAUUAUUGCUGUAUUUACUAUGAACUAAACUUAGGCUAGCUAUUGUUAGACCAUUAGAAACAUGGGCUCAUAAAUUGUUAUGGAUUUUAUGCCAUCAACAGUUAAAAUAAUGCUCCCAUGUUUACACAUUUUGGUUGUUUCAAUACUCAAUAACUCACUAUACAGUUACACAGUUAGUCAAACUAUAAAAUAAUGAGCAAACACAAAAACAUUCAUGUUAUGAAACAAGCAACUUUAUAGCCAUAAAUAUAACAUACAAAACAAGAGGCACAUGAAAAAUUCAAAUAUGAUGAUUUUCAUCACCCUCAUAGCCACAUAAUUAUCAAAAAUUUGAUGAACAUUACAAUAUCAUUUGCAUAACACAACUUUUUAAACUCUCUUUAUUAUUAUUCAAAAUUUUCACCUGUGGGAUAUAAUUAUAACUUUCUAAUCUUAUAAAUAAUUUUGUGCUGAUCAAUAAAAAGUUAUACUCAUUCAACAAAGCACAGUUGUCUUUCAGUCACAGUAUCAAAUGGCACACAGUUACCUAUCUCAACAAUCUACCCUAACA